AUGCUUCCACGUCAGCAGAGUCUCCAUGACAGAAUCCAGAGCGACGAUUGGUGCAGAGGUCUCUCGGACGGCCUUUACGCAGACCCCCUGGCCAACCCUUCAUGCAGUGUAUACUUCCGCUGCUCCAACCAGGCUCUCGCCGCUCUGCACCGCUGUCCACCGCACACGCUGUUCCUCGAGGCAGGCCUGUGGAACGGCGGUAAAGGGGAGGAGGAGGCGGGGAGCGAGGGCGCGUGCAUCCCUGAGGAGGAGUUCCUGCACAAUGCACACCUGAGGAAACUCGGAGCGAGCUCCUCUGGCGAAGGCUGGGAGGGUUUCCCUGUGGAGGGCCAGGGAGACGCGGGCUCCGCGUAUCCGUCUGGCGGCCACCGGGAGGUUUCGUUGAGGGAGGUGGCGGGUGUGAGCCGGGCAGUGGGCCUUCUCAAAUCAAAACCAGCAGCAGCAGCAGCAGCCGGCGCAGGAGGGGCAGAAAUAGCAGGGGGGGCAGGGGGAGACGAAGGAGCAGGAGGAACGGGAGAGUCUAUGGGAGCAAUGAGGAGCCAGCUUGAGGUGAAUCCACAGGCAGGGGGAAGCGGGGCUUCAUCUCCAGGUGCCUCAUCGCAGGCUGCCCCAUCUUCCCCCACCCCGUCCGCUUCCCUCCCGGACCCGCAAGCCCUGGCGGAGCUGAAUGCGCUGCUGGCCUUCAAGGCGUCCGUCAUCGUGUUUAACGACCUCCUCGCCUCAUGGACCGUUCCCCGCUCCGCCUUCUCCGCCUCCUCCGCCCCAUCCGCCAACUCCGUCCCCUCCGCCUCCCCCGCCUCCUCCGCUGCCUCCCCCGACCCCUACAGCUUCCUCUGCGCCUGGCGCUUCGUUACUUGCUCCCCCGCCCGCCCAGGUGGCGCGCGGAGGGUGGUGGGGCUGAGUAUGACCAGGUUCGGCCCGGACCUGGACCAGAGGCCCAUGCUGAUGCUCACCCGCAGGUCCGUUCUGGAGGAAAAUUGGGACGGUUCAGGUGCGGCAAGUGGAGGGGGGAGCAGCGGUGACUUCUCCGCCCUCACAGCCCUCACCAACCUCUCUCUCUCCAGCAAUCGCGACUACCGCGAGAUGGCUGGGCUAAUAGGAGCCUUCCCCUCCCACCUCACCUCCUGCUCCUCCCUCCAAGUCCUCUCCCUCACAGGCCACAGGCUACUCGGCCCCCUCCCAGACUCAAUCUCUCUCUUCUCCUCCCUUAAGCACUUACAGCUGACGUAUAAUCUAAUGUCCGGGCAGUUACCCACUGCCCUGGCGUCGCUUUCCCGCCUCACGAACCUUAAUUUGGAGGCCAACAAUUUCUCGGGGGAAAUCCCCUCGCAGAUAUCCCGGCUCGCAAAAACGCUUGUGAAUCUAAAUCUCGGGCAAAACUCCCUUUCGGGCAGCUUACCAACCGAGCUCGGGCAGCUGACAAACCUCGGAAACGGCCCAUUCGUCGACCCAUACCCUGGCCUCUACCUUCACCGAAACUUACAUUCCGGCCCGCUGCCCGAAUCCCUCUCGUCCCUCUCGUCCCUCCAAGCCCUAGACCUCUCUUUCAAUAACCUAUCCGGCCCAAUACCUCAAGCAGGUUCCUUCCUCACGUCCUUCAACAACCUUCUCCUCCUGUCACUAUCCCACAACCAGCUCUCCGGUCCCCUGCCGCUGCAGAAGGGCUGCGGCAUGUCCUUGUAUCUGUUUCAGCUCGGUUCUAACCGGUUCACUGGUGGUCUUCCUGCUGACCUCUCGUCCUGCUACUUGCUUUACUCGCUCGACGUGUCUAACAAUUUACUUUCAGGGCAGCUGUCGCCGGGUUUCUUUACGUCCCUAGCAGGGACGUCGGUGGGGGAGAUUUUCCUGGCAAACAAUAGCUUUGAGGGUAAUUUACCCUCGGAAAUUGGCGGUGUUGUGACGCUGGGCGCUCUGGAUGCCAGUGGCAACCGGCUUUCUGGGAAGCUUCCGGAGCUCAAAUCCUGUCCGUCUUUGAUUUACCUGGCGAACAAUAACUUCUCGGGCAGGAUUCCGGCAGGGUUUAUCUGCCCGUCCUUGUCAGCCCUAGACUUGAGCAACAACUCUUUGUCGGGGGACCUGCCCGAAAUCCUUCUGGGCAACGCUAGGCCAGCCGAAAAAAACCCACCACCAUCGGCAUCGGCAGCAGCAGCAUCAACACUAUCAGCAGUAGCAGCAGCAGCAGCAGGAGGAGGAGGAGGAGGAGGAGGAGGAGGAGGAGGAGGAGGAGGAGGAGGAGGAGGAGGGGCAGGAGCAGGAGCAGCAGCAGCGCUACCAGCCUUUCAGUACCUUUCUCUGAGUCUCAACCGUCUCACUGGCCCUCUUCCCUACCUAGGCAAAUGCUCCUCCCUCACCACCCUCCUCCUCGAUUCCAACCAAUUCUCAGGCCCCCUCCUCCUCCCCUCCUCCCCUCCUUGCCCCAGACUCCAAUCCUUCAACGUCUCCCACAACUCCCUUACAGGCACGCUCGAUACUAUCACCACCCAGCUUCGCCCCUCCCCCAUUUUCACCCUCGGCCUCGCCGGAAACCUCCUGGAAGGUCCCGUUCCGGCCGCCAUAGGAAACCUGACGUCAGCACGGACAAUUGACGUGUCAGGCAACCACCUCUCGGGCUCCCUCCCACCGACACUUAGCCAGCUGCAGGUGCUCCACUCGCUAAGUGUCAGCGGGAAUAGCCUUUCCUCCUUCCUCCCAGCAGAACUCAGCGCCCUCUCCCUUCUCACCUCUCUGGACGUGAGCAGGAACGAUUUCAACGGCCCGAUUCCCCCGCAGCUAGCCCCUCCGUUCCUCCCCCGCCUGCUCUACUUAAACCUCUCUCAUAACCACUUCGUCGGUGCUAUACCCUACGGUUUCUCCAACACUAAUACCUCUGCCACCGCCCUGGACUUCUCUUUCAACAAUCUUCUCGGUCAAAUCCCCUUCAACACCACCGGCACUCCCCUGUCUGCAUCCGCGUUACAAGGCAACCUGGGACUCUGCGGAGGGUUCGGGUAUGCCUCCUGCCCAACGCCGCCCUACGAGAGCACAGGGGGGGUCUCGCCGGGAGCGAUUGCAGGGAUCGCGGUGGGCUGUGCGGCGUUUGUCGCGGCGCUGGUGGUGCUGCUGGUGCUGCUGUGGCUGUGGCUGUUUGCGCGAAGGAGAGGGCCGAGCCUGGACGGCGGCACCAUGCUGGUGUUUGAGAAGCUGGGCUUUAAGCUCACGGUGACGGACGUGGUGGAUGCGACUGAAGACUUCAGUAACAAGUUCUUGCUGGGACGAGGAGGCUUUGGCUCUGUUUACAGAGCCACACUGCAAGAUGGAAGGUCCGUCGCGAUAAAGCGCCUGGCCUUGGGCAGCAGCCAGGGGCAGCGGGAGUUUGAAGCCGAGAUGAACACCCUCGGCAACGUGCGGCACCGCAACCUAGUAGUCCUGGUCGCUGCAUACCUCUCCCCGCCGCCCGCCCAAGAGCGCCUCUUAAUCUACGACUUCCUCCCAGGCGGCUCCCUAGACCAGGUCUUGGCGCGCGAAAUGGGCAAAGACUCGCCGAUGCGACGGUGGGCUGUAAGGAGGAACAUCUUAGAGGGUACAGCACGGGCCCUCAAAUACCUUCACCAGGAUUGCACCCCAGGGAUUAUCCAUAGAGAUAUGAAGCCCGCGAAUAUUCUCCUGGACGAGAAUUUAGAGGCUAAGGUGGCUGAUUUCGGGCUGGCGAGGGAGGCGGAUGCGAGCCGGACUCAUAUGAGCACGAGUGUGUUUGGGACGGUGGGGUAUUUGUCUCCGGAGUACUCGCAGAGGGGGCGGCUGUCGUUCAAGAGCGAUGUGUUCGCGUUCGGAGUGCUGGUGCUGCAGGUGAUUACUGGGAAGCUUCCGACGGACAGUGACGUGGCGGAACGAGGGCUCGCCAGGUGGGUGGGGAUGCACACUGUGGCAUCAUUCGUGGACGACAGGAUAGACGACGCGCUGCUGUACGAGGAUGAGAUCAUGGGCGUCGUCACACUCGCCCUGCAGUGCACCCAGACUGUCCCCGCUGACCGCCCCUCCAUGCCUGAGGCUCUCGAGGUGUUGGAGAAUCUGCACGACUUUGCUAAGGGGAUCCGCAUGGGGAUAGACGCCAAGGAGGUGGAGUGA